CGAGACGACUGCGCUUGCUAUAGCUGUUGCAGCUCGGCGGCCUGCAUUUUUCUGUGCAUUUGUGUCCAGUACCGUGGACGAGCGCGUACCGUUGUCUAGAUAGGCAACAAGAGCAGCAGUGUGCACAAGUGCUGCUGCUGAACUGAACAACAGUAGUGCACAAGUUUUGCUCAAAAACCAGAGAGAUGCGCCGCACUGCACCAAUGCUGCUCCGGCACCUGUCCUCCGACAGCGUCGACAGCGUGCGCGUCGGGCGCGCCGUGACACGACUAAGAAAUGGAGGCGACUUUAAGCCCGUCGGCGCGCUCGCGACGCUGCCGCCGCGGCUCGGCGCGACGCUCGAGUGGCUCUGCCAGAAGGACGCGCUGGGCCAGGACGCGCUGCUGAUCUGCGCGCCGGCGGAGCGGGCGCGGGCGCGCCGGGCCGCCUUCGCCUUCGCCGAGCUCGUGAACGCCGAGGCCUACUACGUGGGCGUGUCGCCGGACACGGCCGAGGCGGACCUGCGCCAGCGGCGCGAGCUGACUGGUGGGGGGAGCGCGGCCUGGUCCGACGCCGCGCCCGUCCGCGCGGCGUUGGCAGGGGGCGUCCUGAUUCUCGACGGGCUGGAACGGGCGGAGCGCAACGUGCUGCCCACGCUGAACAACCUGCUCGAGAACCGCGAGCUGGCGUUAGAUGAUGGUCGGAGACUCGUGCCGGAGUGGCGCCUCGCGCAACUGCGGGAGGAGGUCGACGUGCCCCUGCUCCCCGUUCCACAAACGUUCCGGGUGAUCGCGCUCGCGUCGCCGGCGCCGCCUUUUACUGGAAGAGCCCUCGACCCGCCCCUGCGCUCGCGGCUCCAGGCCCACGUCGUGCCGAGCUUCGACGUCGACGAGCUGCCGCCGCACGAGGACCUCGCCGCGGCUUGUGCCGCGUUGCUCGAGAUCGAGCGAAACAACGCCGUCGCCGCGGCCGCGUCGCGGUCUUCAGAUACGACGUUCGCCUUCUCCGGCACGGCGAUCAAACGCGUGGCGCGGCAUGCCUCGGACGCGCGGGCCGUGCUAGAGCGGUGCUACCCGCCGCUCGCCGGGCGUUAUCUAUUGGGCAAGGCCGUCUCAAAGGACGCGGUCGAGGCCGUGGACCGCGUGCUCGGGGCCCCGGCGGCGGACGAGGGCGCGGGCCGCGCGGACGGCGCCCUCUGGCUCUCCGCGACGCAGAGCCGCGCGCUCGCGGCCGCACAAUCAGACCUAAAGAACGGCGAGCACGUGGCGCUCGUGGGCCCGGCCGGCGGCGGCAAGUCAAUCAUGGCGGCGCGCGUCGCGCCGGCCGCCGCGCGGCUCCAGACCUGCCACAAGGACCUCACGGCGCGCGAUUUAUUACAGAGCCGCGCGACGGAUCCCGCGACGGGCGCGUCGACGUGGCGCGACGGGCCUAUCAUCGAAGCGAUGCGCGCCGGGUCCUCCGUCAUUCUGGACGGCGCGCACCGUUUACAACGAGGAGUCCUCGCGGCGGCGCUCUCGCGCGCGCUCCACGACGGUAUCGUGGACCUGCCCGACGGCUCGCGGCUCGAGGCGGCCGAAGGCUUCCGCGUCGUCGCCGUCGCCGAGCCGGGAGCGUGGCUCGGCGACGGCGACGUGGCGGCCUGCUUUUCGUCGCACGCCGUGCCCGAGUGGGCCGAUGAUGAUAUAGAGGCGGCGCUGGCGCACCUCGUGCCGGGCUGCGACGCACGCGCGCUCGCGGCGGUCGCGCGCCGCUCGCGCGAGGACGGCGACGCCGCGACGCGGCUGAGCAUAAGGUCGCUCCUGCGCGUCGCGCGGCGGCUCGCGGCCGGCGAGGCCGACGUCAAGCCGCUGGUCGAGGAGGCGCUCAUGGCGGCGUUCCUGCCGCGGCGGCUGCGGGACAAGGUGGACGACUGGUUCGCCUCGUCCAGUGACGAAGAAGUCGAGGCGACGGCCGCCUGGACCGUCGCUGGAGAAGAUGUAAGCGUCGUGGCGCGCCGCGACGGCGCCACCGCGGCCACGGUUGCGAUGCGCGGGCGCGGCCGCGCGCCGGAGCUCGUGCCCUCGUUACCGAACUACGUGCCGACGCGCGCGGCCGAGGCGGCCGUCGCGGCGCUCGUGCAGCUCGAGGCCGCGGGCGAGCGCGCCGUGUUGGUGUUAGGCAACCAGGGCGUCGGCAAGAACGUCGCCGUGGACCGCUAUUUAUCCCUUUGCGGUGCUGAACGCGAAUAUUCGCAACUGCACCGCGACUCGACCGUCUCUUCAUUAACGGCCACCCCGACGCUGGAAGAUGGAAUUCUGAGACACGAGGACGCUCCGUUAGUAAGAGCGGCGCUCCACGGCCGCGUUUGCGUGUUAGAUGAGGCGGACAAGGCGCCGACGGAGGUGACGGUCCUGCUCAAGGCCUUGGUCGCGGACGGCGUGUUGCCGUUGCCGGACGGUCGCAUACUGAGAGUGGGGGACAACGUGCACGCCGAUUUUAGGUUGGUCGUGCUGGCGAACCGGCCGGGCUACCCCUUCCACGGCAACGCGCUGUUCCGCGAGUGCGGCGACGCCUUCGCUGGUCUGGUGGUGGACAAUCCCGACGUCGACAGCGAGGUCGCCUUGCUCGAGGACGUGGCGCCGUCGCGGCCCCACGAUGAGCGAAGACGCCUCGCGUGCGCGUUCGCCGAGCUGCGCGCGCGGCACGAGACCGGUUCGUUAGCCUACCCCUUCUCGAUGCGCGAGUGCGCCGCCGUCGCGCGCCACCUUGAAUUGUAUGGGUCCGAGGACGAGGGCGUGGGCGACGCUUUGGCGAAUGUCCUCGCGCACGACGCCUACGCGCCGCAGCGGGCCAUGGUCGCGGCGGUCUUCGAGGCUCACGGCUUUGAGGGCGUUGCGGAUAAGUUACAAAGGAAGCUCGACGGGAUUGUUCCAUCAAUGGCGUACGACGUGGAGUAUACGUCUAUCAAAGGGAGCGGCGGCGCGUCCGUGCCGCGGACGGGAUUAAGUGCCCCAAAAUUCGGCAAGGUCGACCCGUCCGGCAAUCCGCACGUCGGCGGCAACACGUGGGCUGGAGGAAGUGGCGGCUCGGACACCGCGGGACUCGGCGGGCGGGGCGGGCCCUAUCGUUUGUGGGACGGCAAGCACGUGCCGCACCAAGUUUCCGACGAAGCCAAGGCCGAAGUCAGUGAGGCGGCUAGAGCAGAAGGUAGGAGGCAGGCCCAGAUCGCCCACAAAAAAAGACUGGAGGAGAUCGAGGGCAUGACCGAAAACGAGUGGGACACCUAUAAAGGUAUGCUCGAUCGAAUCGCGCCGCACGUCGCGUCACUAAGGGAGCAGCUCGGCGCGGCGAAGGAUCGCAAGUCCGAGAGGACGUGGUUGCGACGAAGGUCGGACGGCGAACUGGAUGAUGAUCGCUUGGUCGACGGCGCGGCCGGGGAACGGUUAGUUUUCAAGCGGCGUGGGAAACCGGAUCCCCUGGAUAGAAAGCCGACGGAAGAGGACGAGUUCCGGAAGCGGACACUGUUGUUCCUUGUUGAUGUCUCAGGAAGUAUGUACCGCUUUCAGAUGAUGGACGGGAGACUGGCACGGAUGCUCGAGGCGACGAUGCUCGUCAUGGAGGCGUUGGAAGGGCUCGAGGGCAAGUACGAGUAUGCCAUACGAGGUCAUAGUGGAGAGAGCGAUGGGGUCGAGUUUGUCGAGUUUGGGCAGCCGCCUUCUAACAGAGGAGAACGACUCAAAGUCCUACAAAGGAUGGUCGCGCACUCGCAGUUUUGUGAUACUGGAGAUAGAACUAUAGAGGCGACGCGGCGGGCCAUUUCGGACGUGUCCGCGCGCGGCUUUGUAGAUGACGAGGAGGAAAGGAAGCAUCUAGUCGUGGCGCUGUCGGACGCGAAUUUUAGUCGCUACGGUUUGGACCCGCGCUGGUGGGCCGAGGCGCUCUCCGAUUCCGACGCGGUCGACGCGCAUGCGGUCAUGGUCGGGUCGAUCGCCGACGAGGCGUCGCUCGUGGCCGGGGCGCUGCCGCGGGGGCGCGGCCACGUGUGCUUCGACGCGGACGAGCUGCCCGUCGUCUUCAAGCGGAUCCUGCAGCACGCGCGGAUUAUUGAUGAUGGGGAGGAGAUGUAG